UGUUUAAGGGGAAGUCAUUCCACGCAACUUGGGCGUAGCGAGGACUAUUUAGAGGCGAAAUAUACAUUUCACAAACGAAAGCGAUAUACAUUUCAUGUUUACCGACAUCUUUUGAGAUGACUGAAUAUUGUACAGUUUUCUUUACGUGGGAAAUAGACAGCGACCCCAACAAGAUUAUCGAGUAUGUCGUCCGCACAGAGGAAGAGUGCAGUGAACCAUCAAGCCCUGGUAUCCUUGAGCUAGGAAGACACAGACUUCAGGUGUCUAGAGAAUCAAUCCCAGGAGAAAAUGAUGACAGCAAUUUGAGUGACAAUCGAUGUUUGAUGACACUGCAUUGUAAGCCUGCUUAUGCUGUGAAAAUAAUUGGUUUCACAAUUGCUAGCGAGGCACGCAUUGUAGAAGUGUAUGACCAAAAUAACUGUUAUCUUCAGACUGUCAGAGGUUUGCGGGAUAUUGAGGAUUCAGAAGCAGAUGGUAGCAGAGUCCACUUUUCAUGUCACUGCAAUCUGCAAGAGCCUUUGAGUGCAAUGAAAGUAAAGUUUUUGUCACUUGGCCCAAGAGAAAACUUUGAGAUUGCACAUCUUAGAUUAGGGCUUCAAGCAUGUUCAGAGCUGAAAGAAGACAGGACUGCUGGUCAAGGCAUUGACAUGGCAAGACUUCGUCGAGACAUAGACAGCAUGGGUGACUCUGUGUCUGAAAGAGCAAAGGCAUUUCUGGAAACUUUAGAAAGCUUUCAAAAGAGCAGCCAAGGAUCCAUAGAUGAUAUCAGACAGCUUCUGUUGAAUAGGAGCACAGCAGAAUCAGUGAAACACAGUGAACCAGGCAUGGCAGCACUGAUGGCCAUGUUUUCCAGUGUCCCCUUUUCUACACCACCUAGAAUACCUAUGAACUUCACACAGAAUCAAAAUGUAAUGCCUUCCUAUAGUGCAUCACAUGCCUCAUGCUAUAGUGCACACGAACAGGCAGAUUCUCAGGUGAACUCUGUGUUGCUGCAGAUGAUGUCAUCAAUGGCAGCAUCCCAGGGGCAGAAUGCCGAUUCAGGGAAACUGUAUAGCAUUUUGCAGUCAGUCUGUAGCCAAGUCUCUAGCAUGAGGGACAAAGAGGAAGCAGAGCAGAAGCAUACACAGAAACAAGAGAGCAGUGAAACAGCAAAGGUGGAUGAACUUCCCCCACAAAUGGUAGCUGAACUAGACAGUUUAGUUGAAUCUCGAAUGGAAGCAGUGGAGCAACGUCUGGUCACUCGUCUGGACACUCAACUGGCAGAACUUGAGUCUAGAGUGAGCAGCAAACUGGAUGCAGUGCUUGCUUUGCUGCAGAAUACAGCUUUAGGUGCCAAGUGAGAUAUUUCAGAUUCUGCUGAAGACUAAGUUUUUGCCAGCCCAGUUGCAGUGCACAAGAAUGAUCUGAUUUAUAUCAAGCAGAUGGUACGUUGGCUCCAUAGUGGAAGGUUUUCAUAAGCUGCUUUCCAGGGAGUGAGCUAAUGUGAAUUUAAGACCCACCAACAGUACCCACUUUCAAACAAACUCCUUAGCUUGAACAUUACUGCUGAGAAAAGAAGUCAUUCACCUAUUUUAAUAAGGAGAUUCUUAGGUGACAGUAGUGAGUUACGUCUGUUGUCCAUGACCUUUACUGACAGCGUGGUUAGGAUUGCCUGUGAAUGAGUGUAACUUCUGAAGUUCUGUGUACUGUUUGCUUUUUUUUUCUUCAUGAGUUCGGCAAGAGUACACGGAAUAAGGAAAGAGAAAUGAGGGGAUUCAGUAUACAUCUCAGGCUAGUACUUAAAAGCUGUGCAUCAGACAGGUGCAAUAUAUUCUCCCAACAAUCUUCCACAAACUCAAGUUUUUCAUUCUGAAAAAAAUCACUUGGUUAAAAUUAAAUGACAUCAUUGUUGAGAAUCAUCUUUACUACUUAACAAAAGUUAUCACAGGUUAUAUUAAGUUAUAUUACAAUUUUUAACUUACAUUUUAAAUCUGUAGCAUUGGCAGCUGAAUUCAAUGAUUUAAGUACACCAUUGUAUCUUUAAGCUGCAAAACUAUCAAUACUUCAAUUUUCAUAUUUUCUGUCAUCUCUUAAAACCAUAGGAUACAUGCCUGUUUGCAGUAAUAUACAUGCUGUUAGUUUAUGCUUAAUGGAAUUGCUGAUCAUGUAAACAUUCCUCAAAUGCUAUCAUAAAUCUUGGUCAUAU